AGUGUUCUUGAGAAUUGUUUUUGUAUUAAUAAAAACAGAGCGCAAUGGCCGGUAAUGACGGCGACUCCGAAUCUGGCAGUGAUUACGACGUGGAGGUGUAUGUAAAGCCCAAGAGAGUCCGGCGGACAGUCAAUGAUGACUCCGCUGAUCUGUUGGGGAAUUUCGAUGACGAGAAACGUAAGGAGAUUUUCGAGGGUACUUAUGUGGACAAAGAGACUUCAAAAAAUCCAAGCGAUUCGGAAAGUAGCGAUGACGACGAAGCUAAACUAGAGGAGGAGAAUGACGAAAAUGUGGAUCAAGCCGCCAAUGGUGCAGGAGCCGAGAGUGAGGCCUCCGAGUCAGAGGAAGAGCCCCACGAGGAUGGGCACAUAAGCACGGCUCAAUUAAAUAGCUUGCUUCGUGGUGCAGCUAAGGUGAACAGACACGUACUCUAUGUAACAAAUCUGAACUUCGAAACGACCAAGGACGACCUGGAGUCGCACUUUUCAGUGGCUGGUGCAGUCAAAUCCAUACGCAUCCCUAAAAAGCGUCGUGGAGGCUUUGCCUUUGUGGAAAUGGAAGACUUAAUGGGUUUCAAGCAAGGUUUUCGGCUGCACAAUUCAGAGCUGCAGGGAAGAAAAAUCAAGGUGCAAAUAUCGGAGGCAGGCAAAAAGAAGUCAGCCAACAAGAAGAACAUUAUCAAACAGAAGAAUCGCAAGCUGGCCGAGAUGCGUAACGAGCAGAAGACAUUCACAAAGAGCGGAAAGUUCUACGACAAGGAUUUGAAGAAGGAAAAGGCUAAGGAUUUGUUGGCGCGCAAGCGCUGGCGCAAGCCCAAACCGAAAAUGUAAAUACUUAGUUGAAGACUCGUAAUUAAAAUAUUA